GUGAAACUUUGCAUUAGUCUACCAUGAAUUUAGAAAGAUCCUAUUCGGUAAUUGUAAUUGUGAUAUCAUGCAGGAAGAAGAUCAACUUCAAAUCACUAUUUAACAAAGGGGCAUUUAAAAAAAAAAGUUAUCUAAUGCCGUUAAACGCAAUGUUCUGUAGUAUAGCUUACUAUAUUGGAUUGAUCAACAUGAAGAAUCAUUCUGCUCAAAAUAAUCUACUCACAGACCUCAGGCUUCAAACUUUCUAAAGUUUAUUGUUGUCCCACUAAAUAAGACAACUUAGUUUAUAAGUGAAAUAAAGGUCUUUCCUUUGUAAAGAAAUCCAUUUUAAAAGUGAUCAUGAACAUAAUAUGCUGAAACUAUAGCAUUUAAGUAAGGAUGUAUGAUUUUGCCAUAAUUACACAAAACAAUAUCAAUAAGUGUGGUUGCAAUGACAACUUUCUUGAAGAAGAAAUACAUGGAAGAACAAGAAUGGCGUUAAACACAGACAUACAUACAGAUAGGAACUGACAAAUAAUUCAGCCUAUAAAACAUGAGAUAAAAGCCAAGACAAAUGAAAAACACACAAACAGAAUUAAUCAAAGAAUGUUUAACCAUGGUAAUGGAAGCAAUCGAACAGGACAAACUGACCCUUUUCGAAGAGCUUGACUAUGAGGCAAUCUAACGAAUCAUAAUGCUGAAUCCUCCAUCUUGUCCGACAAACAGAUCAGACAGGAGAAUAGGUUAACUUUUGUGGACCUCUACAUGAAAAAUGUGUCGAUAAACGUCUUUCCGUGGUUGAUAUAAAAUACGUUUUGAUGUUCAUUCAUGUUUAUGUUUGCUUUAUGCUUUAAGUAAAGUUUGGUUCACAUGCCGCAUGAACUAAAGCGAUACAGUGAAAUAAUAACAAUAAUUUGAAAGCUUAAACCUUUUUCAUACCAGAAGUAGGGUAACUCGUUCUCUCUGCUGUUGGUUUCACAUUGCUCCAAGAGUGUGAGAUCACGAUGUGUAGCGUGAGAGAUGUACGGCUUAUCGUACAUAGCUACAGUAACUGAGUUUUUUGCAAAAUGUCAAUUAACAAACAUCAAACAUCAGAUCUUAACUGAUUUUGAAAUCAUGCAAGACCACAGACAUAAAGACCGUUUUAACCAAUUUUUAGCCUUACAAUUCUCUGAAAGUGCACACUAUAUGCUUCAACCAGACCACAAGAACACACACUUCCUGAGUGAAGAAAUGACAUCAAAGUGACAUAAAAUCUCACAGAAAUUAGCAAAAUCAAACACAACUAGAAAAGAAAAACACAUGGAGCACAAUCAAUGUUGUCAACUGGCUCUCCUGGUAUGCAUUCUGGUUAGAAAAUUUGUCUGACUUUGACGCUACGGCCACCUUAUGGUCACAUGUGCCAUCAAAGUAUCACGAGAGCAAAAUGAAAAGAGCAAAAGAAAAUACAGUGUGUACAAAAUAAACUCCAUUACACCUAUGAAGAGUCCCCUAAAUUGUGUGUGCAACUUCUGCUUUGCCAUCAAAGGAAAAAGAUACUUUUUGGGUCAAUAUUGUGACGCGAUACUCCCGCCGGAAGAAGAGAUCUGUUUCUUUGUGGGGAUAGUGAACAGGCUCAUGGGAACACAACAUGGAGUAUUUAGAGACCGUGAUUUGUGGCAAGUCUUCAUUUUACUCUAAUGUGAGACAAAGCAAUAUGGCAGGAAAACUAAUUAGAUGAGGAAGUACAGAAAGGCUCUUGCAUCUUAUUUAGUCCAUGUGCAUGUGAAGUUCAGAUUUUUUUUAUUAUGAUUAUUAGUCACUCAUCUAAGUAAAGGUGUCAAAAGUGUAAUUUUCUCUCUCCACAGAAACUUCACAUCAUUUAACAAAGAGGCCUGUGUGCAGCACUAUGAGUGAUUAUUUAUCAAACAUUGUCAAAUGCAUUGUAUUGUAGUAUUGCCUACUGUACUGGAUUGAUCAACAUGAAGAAUCUUACUGCUCAAGAUAUUUCAUUCACAGACUUCAAAUUGAAUGGUUUCUACAACCUUGGAGAAUGGAGGCCUUUUUUAUUUAUCCCUUUCUUUCUGAUGUUUUUAUUGUCUCUUACAGCAAAUUCUGUUCUUAUAUAUUUAAUCAUAUGUCAAAAGUCUCUGCAUUCUCCUAUGUAUGUAUUAAUAGCCUUGAUGGCUGUUGUAGACUUAAUCUUGCCUAUAUUUUUUGUACCUAACAUGCUUCUAAGCUUUUUAUUUAAUUGGAGUGGAAUAUCUAUAGUUGGCUGUUUGAUGCAAAUGUUUUGCAUUCAUUAUGUUGGGGCGUUUCAGUCUACUUUGCUUUUGUGGAUGGCACUGGAUCGUUACUUUGCCAUAUGCAGACCUCUUUACUAUCAUAAAUGCAUGGAAAUACCAAACUUCCUAAAGUUUGUUGCUGUCCCAUUAAUCAGAAAUGGACUCCUGAAUAUCAGCAUGGUCUCUCUGGCUGGAAAACUAACAUUCUGUGUAACAAAUGUCAUUGAUCACUGUUUUUGUGAGCACAUGGCAUUGGUUCAGUUAGCAUGUGGAGAUAUAACUAUUAAUAACAUGGUAGGACUUUUGACUGCUUUCCUUAUACCAACUUUAGAUUUUAUUCUCAUUACUUCGUCCUAUGUUGUGAUUUUUGCCUCUGUGUAUAAAUCUGGUAAAGCCCACAUGAAGGCCAUAAACACUUGCAUUACUCACAUCAUAAUUAUGACAAGUAGUUUGAUUUUUGCCCUGAUUGCAUUCAUGUCAUACAGAAUAAGAAAUAAUUUUUCUAAUAAUAGUCGUGUGUUUGUGAGUACAAUGUACAUACUUUUUCCAAGUUGUUUUAACCCAAUUGUUUAUGGAGUGAGAACAAAGGAAAUAAGACAAAGAUUUCUUCAGUUAAUUAGUGAAAUAAAGGUCUUUCCUCUGUAA